AACAGCGCGUCCACCCUCCCUUCGCUCUGUCCCUCUUGACUUGGUGACAGACCUAAAAGCCUUUUGUUGCAAUCUUAGCCAAUGGAGACGGAUUACGACACCGGGCUGCUGAGAUAUAUAAAGAGCCCCUUUUUGACCGCACUUGCACAUUUUUUUUUCAGUGACACUUCUGCACAUGCACACACCUCCAUGGACUAAAUUGCACAAGGGGACCCCACGGCGACCAUCAUUUUACUGCAAGUGAGCUGGCUAUGCAUUUAUCAAGCAGAUAAUUUACCUUUCAAUCAAAAGAGCCGGUCACAUACUGGAACGCACUUUUUUUUAAAAAAAAAACAACAACUUUGUUUUAAAACCUCCUGCUGCAGAAAAAAAGCAACAAAUUUCGGACUGAUUGUGGAUUAGAUGCAUGUCAAUGAUUCGGAGGCUUUUUUAGGCUGAAACAAGAACCCGAAAGGAUAUAUUGAGGAAUAAAUCAACUAAGAGAGGCGAGAGGGGGAAAAAAAAGUUUCCUCCAUCAUCAUGCCGAGGUACAACUUCAUACCAUGCUUAGUGGCGCUCAUCUUUCUGGGACUGUCAGGGAGCGACGAGCCCAAUCUGCUGCUGCCUCCUGCCAGCGAGACGCCCACGGACGCGGGGCUGUCUCUGCUGGACGAGGACGCUGGCUCCCACGAGUGCUCCGCCUGCGUUUGGAGGGAGCAAAGCAAGGUGCUGCGGCUGGAGACCAUCAAGUCCCAGAUCCUGAGCAAGCUGCGCCUGAAGCAGGCGCCCAACAUCAGCCGGGAGGUGGUCAACCAGCUGCUGCCCAAGGCACCCCCGCUCCAGCAGCUCCUGGACCACCACGACUUCCAGGGAGACGCAUCGGCCCAGGACGAGUUCAUGGAGGAGGACGAGUACCACGCCACGACGGAGUCCGUGAUCACAAUGGCCUCAGAGCCGGAGCCCCUGGUGCAGGUGAACGGGAAGCCCAGCUGCUGCUUCUUCAAGUUCAGCCCUAAACUGAUGUUCACUAAGGUGCUUAAGGCGCAGCUGUGGGUGUACCUGCGACCGCUGCAGCAGACCUCCACCGUCUACCUGCAGAUCCUGCGCUUGAAGCCCGUCACAGAACAGGGCAGCCGCCACAUCCGCAUCCGCUCCCUGAAGAUAGAGCUCAACUCCAGGGCCGGCCACUGGCAAAGUAUUGACUUCAAGCAUGUGUUGCAGAACUGGUUUAAACAGCCCCACACCAACUGGGGAAUUGACAUCAACGCCUUUGAUGAGAGCGGUAAUGACCUGGCUGUUACCUCGCUGCGACCCGGGGAGGAGGGGCUGCAGCCGUUUCUGGAAGUGAAGGUUCUCGAGACCACCAAACGUUCUCGAAGGAACCUCGGUUUGGACUGCGAUGAGCACUCCACCGAGUCUCGCUGCUGUCGCUACCCUCUGACUGUGGACUUCGAGGCGUUUGGCUGGGACUGGAUCAUUGCCCCCAAGCGUUACAAAGCCAACUACUGCUCCGGUCAGUGCGAGUACAUGUUCAUGCAGAAGUAUCCGCACACCCACCUGGUGCAGCACGCCAACCCGCGCGGCUCCGCGGGGCCCUGCUGCACCCCGACCAAGAUGUCCCCCAUCAACAUGCUUUACUUCAACGACAAGCAGCAGAUCAUUCACGGCAAGAUCCCAGGGAUGGUGGUGGAUCGAUGUGGCUGCUCUUAGGCUGCAGAAGGAGACACACGUGCUUAAGUUCAGCCCUCAUGAAACCACCUAAAACCCCUGUGGAGCGCUCCCCUUGGCACCAGAUUUCACUUUCGCUAUGCCACAGAAACAUCCUGCUGGGUUUCCAUUUUUCCAGUAAUUAAUUUGGUUCUAACUGUAUAAAAAAAAGUUAUAAAUGAAAACGAGAAUCAAAAAAAAAGAAGAAAAAGAAAAAAAAAGAACGGACAAUGGAAAUACAGUAUAUAAUGAGUGAUCUGGGUCUGCUUGCGGAGCAGCCUCAGAAAACGGAGAGACAAAACUAUGUUAUAGAGUACAUGUUAGUUUUGCGAUUUUUAUUUUCUAUGGCAUCUUUGUGAAGUGUCCAGGUUAGUGGAAUGUGUUGACAGGUGACAUGAGUAUAUUUCAUCAGGCAGCAUCAGUUUUUAGGGCCGGUUCCAAAACAAUUAACUUUCAGUUACACUUAUUUUUGGGAAAUAUUUUUAUCCAAUUAAAUGCUUGCAAAGAAAGGGGGGGCAUGAUCAUAGUCAUUUUGCAAUUCAUACAUUUUACAACAACUCAGUAGCUACGUAAUAAUAUCAAUAAUAACAAUAUGUAGAGGUUCUACUUGUUGAAAAACUGUUUAGACAAAUCCAAAAUGUUGUUUACAGAUGUUUAGAAAUUUAAAAUCUUGUGGGGAUCUGAAACCAAACCUAUUGUUAACUAUUAUUAAUAGUGGAAGAUCCCAGAUUAAGACUGCCAGAUGGCUUCGAAACAGACUUUUAAAAAUAAAGAAAAUUUAAAAUAAAGUGGGUAAAUUCUGUCCUCCAAAGUAAAUUAGAAAAGUUUCAGCAAAAGUAAAUUAGAAAGAUUUAGCCUAUUACCCUCCUUGAAGUCUAAAAUUAAAAAGGUUAUGUCGAUGUGGUUUUGCAAGGGAACAAAGUACUGUACAGUCCUGGAGGGUUACAAGAGAACAGCAUAAUUUUUCACCACUAGAGUAGAAUAUCACACUCAACUUCCGUUGUUAAAAAAACAGUGACAAGUUUCUUUAUUUAAAGAUGGUUAGAGCUAGAUAUAUAAUCAUACACAAAAAAAUUUACACUAUAACAUAGUUCUGCUUACAGUCCUGGCGAGAAGUUCAUCAUGGGUGUGGAUGUCUUAUCAAUUUGGAUAUUAUAAAUACACAACCACUCUUUUUUAUGAUCAUUAGACACAAAAGUCAGCGCCAAUGUUAGCCAGCUUAAUCUUUUCUAGGACCAGUUUUGAUCUGUGUUAUGGAUUUGAGGUGAAGCUGAAGAACUUGGAGGUUGUCCUCUUCAUCAUUUCAUCCACUUUGUGCAAUGCUCCAGUACAACUUGCACCAAAACAACACUACGGCAUGACGCCACCUCCACCAAGCCUGACCGCCAACUUUUAAGGGCUCACCUUUAAAGCAACGGGGCAACAAUCUAAAACCCGGACCAAAAUUGGUUUAGCAAUAGGCAAAGAAGACUAGCAUGAAGCUUCUGGAAUGGCCUCAACGGCAACUUCAUUAA